AUGACUGUCCCUGAAUCAAACAAGCCCACAACUUCUGUCGCCAUCGUUUCAACGGGCACUUCAAUCAAAGUCCACUCCUUCGUGAGACAGAGCCCCGUCACCUCGACUUCAUUCCAGGCCACACAGGAGGAGUCUCUUCGAGGAGACCACAACGGUCGCAUCAGUGUACAGCCAACAAGCUUCGAAGGCGGACUCUUGGUCGGAUUGUAUGAUCCCCAUCUCGGCCCACAAUGCGCGGAAUACCUCCAGCAGCACCUCAUCCCAAUCCUUGACGAGUCCCUCUCAACCCAGGUCGACCACUCCGACGACGAUCACGAGGUCAGCCCUCACACCUGCAGGAUCGACCCCAACCAAGUCAUCGACACCCUCAAGUCCACCUUCCUUGAACUGGACGAGCUCCUCCUUGCCACCGCCAUUACCGUCGCCUUGGCUCAGCCCGAGGACACCAACGACCUCGCCUCCCUCGAGGAGGUCAAGAAAACUCAGGAAGUCAUUGCUCAGGUCGUCACAGGUUCGACAGCCAUGGUCGGCUUCUUGGCUCCACACAGCGCAUCCGCCUCGACCAAUUCUGACAGCCAAAAGCACGAUUUCUACUUGGCACAGCUGGGCGAUUCGGUCGCUAUUCUUGCAGGUCUUGACAGUGAUGGCCAGUGGACAGCCCGCCGUCUGAACCCACCCGAGGCCCAAGAACAUUCAGUCCGCUACCCUGGAUCAGAAGAGUACAAUAAGGUUGUCUACGAGGCAACAGAACGCGCCUUGACUGUAGAGCAAUACUUGACCCAGCAUAACGGAGCUUCGUCAUUACCAAACUCAACAGGAUCAGCGCAAUCGACCAUCCAAAGCGACAGCUUCUUGACUAGACGGGGAAAAUUCCUGGGUUUGCCUGUCACACGAGCAUUCGGCGACUUGGACUGGAAGAUUGAGCAGGAGCCUCGGCGUUCAGUCUCGAACUGGGUUGAGCCCUCGCUCCGUUCUCGAAUUGACAAGACCCUGGCAGGAGGAUCAAGGUCGCGUGCUGCAAAUGGAGGCAUUAGUUCGGACGAGAUUGGCAUCAACAACCUCGAUGAUCCACCCUAUGUCAGAGCAGACCCCAAGAUUUCCCGCAUUGUACUCGAGACCCGGAAACAGGACAGGGCUGCUGCUGGAAGCUCAUCGGACCAGUUGCUGAUUCUGUUGAACCGUGGGCUGUUGUAUACGACCCGGUUUAAUGUCCCGUCGACGACCAAAGUCAGCACCAACCCAAAUGACCAGGCCCUGAUCUCGGACUUUGAACUUUCCCGGAUGGUCGCCAACACGCUGGAGAAGGGCGAGGAGAACUGCGCCUUGGCGGUAGCGAAGGCUCUUGAUCAGAUCCGCAAGGAGGCUGGACCUUUGGAUCGGUCGGUCGAGGAUCAACAGGUGGAGGGUGAUGAAGAAGAAGGUCUCGAAGGAUCUGUCUUGGUCGUCGUACUUUAA